AUGUACAUGCGCGUGAGGCCGGCCAAGGACAAAACCAGACUCAUUUAUUUGCAGAAGGAUUUAUUUGCAAGGACAUUUAUUGCAAGGCAGUCUGGUUUUGUCCUUGGUCGGCCUCACGCGCAUAUAAACAAUGAGUUGUUGAUGUGUAUUGUUGAGUUCGUUUGCGGACCCGCAUAUGCUCAAGGUCACGUUAUGCAAGCAGUCCCCCAUGGUGGGGAGCGCAUCUACCUUAUAGCUUGUACCUUCUGGUCGUCUAGUGAAUCAACUCAGUGUUGUAGCCUAUCUGUCACCAUGUGGACCUCUCUGAUAACGACAUCGGCGAUCCUAGCUCUUGCUGCAGGAGUGUGCAAAAAUUACGAGAAGGAGUAUUACAAAGAGAUCGGAUGCAAGCCAGCCAAGAUGGGGGCCGACGGCUGUCCGUUGAGCUACGAUUGUAGUACAAUCAACCAACGUACGUCAUCGAAAUGUCACUUCAAGGGGAAGGAAUACGAGCAAGGCUUCCAGUUGAAGGAGACAGAAGAUGUAUGCAUUGUAGAAUGUCGCUGUGCCGGGUCUUUCCCAGAUAACAAAAUGUCCUUCACGUGUGUGAAUAUAGAAUGUCCAGAACUGUUUAUCGGACCACCUCCGCCUGGCUGCUACAGGACCUAUGAGAACGGCAAGUGCUGUCAUGUGGAUCAAAUAUGCCUUUCAGACCAAAGUCCUGAACAGAAGGCUGCCAGACCUGUGUGUCAAUAUAACAACAAGCAAUACCAGAUUGGUCAGAAAUUCUACCCAGAGGAUGAACCUUGCUUCCAGUGCAUCUGUCAGGCUGGAUUCAACGGAACUCUAGUUGAACCCUUCUGCCAGAAAGUUAAUUGUAACCUUGAGCUGCACUAUGGCGGACGCAUCGCUGAAGGCUGUGUGCCGGUAUACUACGGGGACAACGACUGCUGUCCUAUUGGCUGGCGAUGCCCUGAAAAAUCCGACUCGGUAGUCUCAGGAGUCACCGCUAAAGGCAGUUCCCAAGCUCCAAAUUCAGAGUUGCAGUGUCAGUUUGGUGAUGUCAAGAUGCAGGUAGGAGACAAGCUGAGUGCAAGUAGAGACUGGCCCAACACUGAGUGUCUCUGUAGAGUUCCUCCUUACUGUACACAGUUUGUAACUAAUCACUGUCACUUUACAGAGUUGCAGUGUCAGUUUGGUGAUGUCAAGAUGCAGGUAGGAGACAAACUGAGUGCAAGUAGAGACUGGCCCAACACUGAGUGUCUCUGUAGAGUUCCUCCUCACUGUACACAGAUUGUAACUAAUCACUGUCACUUUACAGAGUUGCAGUGUCAGUUUGGUGAUGUCAAGAUGCAGGUAGGAGACAAGCUGAGUGCAAGUAGAGACUGGCCCAACACUGAGUGUCUCUGUAGAGUUCCUCCUUACUGUACACAGUUUGUAACUAAUCACUGUCACUUUACAGAGUUGCAGUGUCAGUUUGGUGAUGUCAAGAUGCAGGUAGGAGACAAACUGAGUGCAAGUAGAGACUGGCCCAACACUGAGUGUCUCUGUAGAGUUCCUCCUCACUGUACACAGAUUGUAACUAAUCACUGUCACUUUACAGAGUUGCAGUGUCAGUUUGGUGAUGUCAAGAUGCAGGUAGGAGACAAACUGAGUGCAAGUAGAGACUGGCCCAACACUGAGUGUCUCUGUAGAGUUCCUCCUUACUGUACACAGUUUGUAACUAAUCACUGUCACUUUACAGAGUUGCAGUGUCAGUUUGGUGAUGUCAAGAUGCAGGUAGGAGACAAACUGAGUGCAAGUAGAGACUGGCCCAACACUGAGUGUCUCUGCAAUGUUCCUCCUCAUCCAAUCUGCGUUCAGAAGUAA